AUGGCAAAAUUUCCUAGAGUAGUUAACGUGGGCUAUUCCCAAAGAAAGUCAUUGAUAUUGUUAAUCAAUAAUGCAUUGUUACUUGGAUUUUACUUGCCAUGCACCUCCAGUGCAUUAUUAUUAAUUAUGCUAGCGGAUCGUUCACAUCGGACUCGCAACCCCACCAGCGCCCCGCCCGCAUUACACAACGCUGGACUGCAAUCUUCCAUUCCCCCGCAUUGCCCAAAUCAUUGGGGUAUACGCAAAAUGGAGGAGCAAGUGGAGAGACUGGUGAAGAAGACCUGGGCGAAAUUUCUCUCGACGCCGCCGACGGCCCGGUUAAUGAUCGCCAUCAGUGGAAUCCCGGGUUCGGGUAAAACGUCACUGGCAUCGGUCAUGGUCGAUCGCAUCAACAAGGUCUAUGCUCAGGAACACCCUUCUCUCCCGCCCGUCGCCACCUGUGUCCCGAUGGACGGAUAUCAUCUCACGCGUGCGCAACUCGCCGCCAUGCCGGACCCGGUCUACGCUGCCGCAAGACGCGGUGCCGCCUUCACAUUCGAUCCAGACAAGUUCCUACGGCUGGUCAAGCUAUUGCGGGAAGAGUUGACACCAGAGACGCCAACCUAUUACGCCCCUAGCUUUGAUCACGCAGUGAAGGACCCUGUCGAGGACGACAUUCCCAUCCUGCCCACGUCGCGCGUCGUCUUUUUCGAAGGGAACUACCUCAGCCUGGACAAAGAGCCCUGGAGAACAGCCGCAAAACUGAUGGACGAACUCUGGUUCGUCGAGGUGGACUUUGAGACGGCCCGGAGACGAUUGAUCCAUCGACACGUCAAGGCAGGGAUUGCGAAGGACGAAGCCGAAGCGGAUAAGCGGGCAAGGGGGAAUGAUCUGGUCAACGGCAGAGAGAUUGUGGACAAUCGGAUGGAAGUUCAGGAGAUCAUUAUCAGCAAAGAGGAUAGUACUUGGGCGCACUAG